AUGAUUGACUAUAUUCUAAAAGUCAAGACCCUAUCUGAUCAACUUGCCACUACCUCUGAAAAAGUCUUUGAUAGGGAUCAGGUUUUGUAUCUUCUUCCCGGGCUUAGUGCUGACUACAACUCUUUUAUAGUGUCAAUCACUUCUAAAUCCAAAGGUGUUACUUUUGAGCAUGUUACCAACUUACUUCUUGCUCAUGAAUCUUGCUUGGAACAACAACUUUAUGUUGAUGAAUCUACGCCAAUUGUUGCUAAUCUUGCUUAUCGACCAUACUCAAACUCUCAUCGCCAACAAUCUUGGAAUCAUUCUUCAAGGAAAAGUCAUUUCUCCGGGCCAUCAUUCCACAAUGCCCCAAAGAACAAUUCUUCUGACCGAGGAUCUUCCACUGGUUCAAGAGUUACUUGCCAACUCUGUCUUCGCCUAGGCCAUACUGCAUAUCAAUAUUACAGAAGGUUUGAUCCACAUCUACCCCCACCCAAUGCCUCAACCUCACUUCCUACACCACCCAUCUCUCCCAUGAUUACAAAAUUCCAACACAGUUGCCGAUGA